GCUCCCUCCGGGCAUGUUGAGGCAAACAGAACAACCAGCUGCCGGUGGCUCGCCAUAAUUAACCUGUCGCGAUUUUUCAAGCAACCGAAAACCACGCACCUAUCCUCGCACUCAUGGCCCAUUACAGAGCCUCAGAAUCCAAGCGAGAGCAAUUUAGAAGAUACCUCGAAAAAUCUGGGGUCCUCGACACUAUAACGAGCGUUUUAGUGGCACUUUACGAAGAAACCGACAAGCCCAACAACGCUCUGGAUUUCAUAAAGCUUCACCUCGGCGCGGCCGCUCCGGAGCCAGCGGACGCCGAGGCCCUCCGCAUGGAGCUGGCCGAGCUUCAGCACAAGUGCAACCUGCUCAUGGAGGAAAACAAAGAGCUGAGAAACAGGCUGAUGCAGUAUGAACCGUCGCCUGAGGAGGGAGCGGCAGAGUAGAAGAGGGGUUUUGCCUUU